AUGUAUCAGUUUGGACCCAGAUUUAAGAAGCGGAAUACAACAAACGUCGGGUUGUAUGUGGUGGAGCAGGUUGAUUGUCCAAGGGACAGCGGCGCCAUAGUUGUUGACCCCGUUGACGCCGCUGCCAAGCUGCUGUGCUGGCUGCAACCCCCCGCCCCUGCGCCCCCCCAUCCUGCUGGCCCCAUGACCAUCGUUAAGGCUGAUCAUCAAAGGGCCGGCGGCGCCAUAGUCGUUGACGCCGCUGCCAAGCUGCUGUGCUGGCUGCGGCCCCCUGCCCCUGCUAAACAGCAUCCCGCUGGCCCCAUGACCAUCGUUAAGGCUGAUUGUCGAAGGGCCGGCGGCGCCAUAGUCGUUGACCCCGUUGACGCUGCUGCCAAGCUGCUGUGCUGGCUGCGCCCUCUUGCCCCUGCUGGACUGCAUUCCGCUGGCCCCGUGAUCAUCGUCAAGGUUGAUUGUCCAAGGGACGGCGGCGCCAUAGUCGUUGACCCCGUUGACGCUGCUGCCAAGCUGCUGUGCUGGCUGCAACCCCCCGCCCCUGCGCCCCCCCAUCCCGCUGGCCCCGUGACCAUCGUCAAGGUUGAUUGUCCAAGGGACGGCGGCGCCAUAGUCGUUGACCCCGUUGACGCCGCUGCCAAGCUGCUGUGCUGGCUGCAACCCCCCGCCCCUGCGCCCCCCCAUCCCGCUGGCCCCAUGACCAUCGUUAAGGCUGAUUGUCGAAGGGACGGCGGCGCCAUAGUCGUUGACCCCGUUGACGCCGCUGCCAAGCUGCUGUGCUGGCUGCGGCCCCCCGCCCCUGCUGAACAGCAUCCCGCUGGCGGGUGGCAGUGGCAGGCCUCGGAAGAUGGGGCCAACGUCCAGCCGGGAAUGGAGAAGUCCAUACUGGCGUCUGGGCAGGGGCUUCACCUGUCUAAAGCUGGAACCUGCCUUCCUGGAUGUCUGCUUCAUGAGGCGAGAGUAGUUCCUGCGAACUAUGGUCAACAUCACACCACCCAGCCGUACUGGAACUUAUUGGCAUGA